GGGUUCCAAAACGUUCUCUUCCAGCGAAGCUCGCACUACGCCUGUGCUUUUUUCGCUAUGGAGCACCGAGCUCCUUGGCCUUGGGCGCCUUCGGCGCGUUGCGUACUGGAACGCGCGGCCGUCGCACCAGCGCACAGCACCUACCACGCCCGCAGCGUGAGUGCCGCGGCAGAGAGACCGGUGCGGCCAGGAGCGAGGCGGCGCUCCCUCGCAGCUCUGCUCCUAGGGCCAAGCUCCUACGCUCCAGCCGUGCCCCUCAGCAGAGAAACUGGUCUGACCAAUGCGGAGGUUGUUGCAACAUGAAGACAUGACGUGACGUGUCUCAAGACCUGAAAACAACGGUGGAAACCGCAGACAGGCACCGAUUGACUUGGCGGUUCUUAGGAUUCCCUGCCGAAAGUUCUGUUAAACUAUAAGUGCUUAUUGUAUCAUACAUGCAUGAUCUGCCAGCAAAAACAGCGCCCUCGCAGGAGGUGGCGCGUAGCAAGUUGGAGGAUGGCUCCGAGGUGGUGAAGUUGGCCUCGGGCGUCCAGUACGUCGACCGCCGAGUGGGCCGCGGCGAGGUCCCGCAGAUGGGAGACGUGGUUCUUGCCCACGUGAAAGGCUACUUGAUGGAGAAAGAUGACCCUAUCUUCAUCGAUACCUACUCCGACGGAGCGCCUUUGGUGUUCUCCUUGGGCACCAUGACCCAGGGCAUCACCGAGGGCCUGGAGGAGGCUUUGGCCACCAUGACCUUGGGCUCCGUGCGAUUGGUCCAAGUGCCCUCCUACAUGGGAUAUCCCAACGGCUUGGCGCGCGUUGGAGUCAAGCCGCCCUUGCGCCGGCCAAUCCCAAGGGAGGGCCUUCGUUACGAGGUGGAGCUCCUCCGUUGCGUUCCUGCGCCCAAAGAGAAUGGCGGAGAUCCCUCGCAGCGCUUGUGCUGCUCCGACCCCGAAUACCCAUGCAAGGUGCCUCCAAAACUACGGCUGGAUGUGAUCACGGAUGGCAGCUGAGGUACUUCAGCCAAGAAGUGUGACAG